AUGCACGAGUCCUUGAAGCUGUUUGACAGCAUCUGCAACAACAAAUGGUUCACAAACACCUCCAUCAUUCUCUUUCUCAACAAGAUGGACAUAUUUGAGGAGAAAAUUAAGAAAUCUCCCUUAAGUAUCUGCUUCCCAGAGUAUACAGGUUCAGACAAGUUCAUGGAAGCGGUGGGCUACAUUCAGUCCCAGUACGAGAGUAAGAACAAGUCAGUCGACAAGGAGAUCUACUCGCACAUCACCUGUGCUACAGACACAAACAACAUUCAGUUUGUCUUCGAUGCUGUCACUGAUGUCAUCAUCGCUAACAACCUGCGCUUCUGUGGCCUUUACUAACCCACAGUGAUACCCAGCUCUUUCACAACCCCUGAAUACAGUGCCAACUGUUGUCAGAUAUGUGACAUUUUGUCUUUGUUUUAUACUUCUAAAUGCCUCCAGUUGUGUCCAUCUCUGAUAGUUCUCACAGAGCUUUUCUUUAAUUUAUGUGGUAAAUUUAAACCGUAGGUCUGAACUCAACUAUUAAUUUUUGUACA